AUGAUCUCGCUGGACUUCAAUUUCAACAUUUUGACAAGGGACCUGUCACAUUAUCUGGAAAAUCAAGUGAAAGUUGGGCUGUUCGGUUCGGGCGUUGGACUCUCUCUGGUCCUGGGCUUUAGCGCAGCGUACACCUGCUACUAUUUGAUUUCAGUAGCGAAGAAGCCACAGCUCAUUUCCGGGGGUAAGAAGUUCUACCAAUUUCUGAGGGAGCAAUGUCCGGUAGUGUCAGAGACCUACUACCCCACCUUUUGGUGCUGGGAGAGCCGCAUUCAGACUCUGCUGAGACCCUUUGUCACAGCCAAACCCGGGGUCGUCUACAGAAAUGAGCUUAUUAAGGCAGCAGAUGGAGGACAGAUCUCUUUGGAUUGGUUUGACAACGACAACAGCUUCUCUCAUCCCGACCCCGCCACCAGGCCCACAGUCCUUCUUCUCCCCGGUCUGACCGGCACCAGCCGAGAGUCCUACAUCCUGCACAUGGUCCAACAGAGCCGGGAUCUGGGCUAUAGAUGCGUCGUAUUCAACAACAGAGGGGUUUCUGGUGAAGUGCUGCUGACCCCGAGGACCUACUGUGCAGCCAACACAGAGGAUCUGGAGACUGUUAUUGAGCACAUCCAGAGGACUCAUGAAGUCGCUCCUCUCAUGGCUGCCGGAGUAUCAAUGGGCGGGAUGAUGCUGGCCAACUACUUGGGGCGCAAGGGCCGGGAAACCUGUCUGAAAGGGGUCGUCGUCUUCUCAGCGGGCUGGGAUGUGUUCGAGUGCACCGCUUCGCUGGAAAAACCCCUGGACCGCUUCCUCUUCAACUCCUACCUCACCAGCUGCCUACAAGCCUCCGUGCACAGACACAGACCAGUGCUGGAAAAGUGUUACGACAUCGAUCAUGUCAUGAAGGCGAGGACCAUUCGCGAGUUUGACGAGAGGUUCACUUCCAUUAUGUUUGGCUAUCCUACCAAUGAUGACUACUACCACGAUGCCAGUCCUGUCCACAGGCUGAAAUCUGUGCAGGUGCCAAUGCUGUGUCUCAACGCUGCUGAUGAUGUCUUUUCCCCGUCUCAUGCCAUUCCAGUGGAGGCGGUGAAGCAGAAUCCCAACCUGGCCCUGCUCAUCACCUGUCACGGCGGCCAUAUUGGUUUCCUGGAGGGCCUGUGGCCUCGACAGAGCACGUACAUGGACCGAGUCUUCAAGCAGUUUGCGAAGGCGGUCAUCGAACAGGGCAGCCGACUCACAGACCUCUCCUGA